GGCGGCUGGACUCGGCCGAGGGUCCCUGCCGAGGCGGAGGAGCAGCGGCGGUAGGAGACGACGAGCCAUGGCCGAGGCGGCAGGAGAAGGCGGCGGCGGCGGCGUUGUUUGGAAGCGAAGGGCUCCCUCAGUCCUCGGCCGGCCCAGCCGAGCCAGCCCCUUCCGGGGCCUCGCCCACCAUCUCCGCCCGGCAAAGCGCCGCGGCCGCCAGCGGGCGAAAGUAUCCUGGGAGGGACGGCAGAGUCAUUUCCCCGCUCGCCGCCUGCAGGCGCCAUAAACGCUCCGCGCCGGAGUUGGCGGGCGAGAGAAACUUUUUCGGCUCGAUCCGGGUGCAGGUUUCGGCGCAGGUGGCACUGGAGAAACCUAAGGGAGAGAGCGGGGCACCUCCAUCCCCUCGAGGCGCAUUUUAUUAAACGAUUUAGCGAGGGAGAUAACAAGGCGCUGCAACGUUUUUAAUCGGUCCGAUGAUCGGACGGCCUGGAGCGCUUUCAGGGAGGAAGCCCCGUUGGAUUCAGUAUAGGGCUUACUCCUGAGUAGACACCAAUAAGGACUGAGGUGUUAACGUGGGAGAGAGAGGGCGGCCACUUAGGCAUGGCGUGGGGGGGGGGAGAUUUGCAUGAAAUUAUCACUUGCUAAUGUCAGAUGUGUAUCAGAUGCAAAUUUCUAAAUGAUUACAAUACUAUGAUUUUAAAAGGCACGCGAGAGCUCACACCCAAGGAGGGAAAGGGAGUUUCUCUGCGCCUGCUCAAGCCACUGACUGACUGUUCAUAGGCAGCUGUUUUAUAGGCCUAUAAAACGCAGUACUAACUGCCCCGUCUACUGUUUUAUAGGCAACGUUAUAUAGGCUAACGUCCAAACACACAGUCUUUCAUUUCUGGGCUAUAGAAAAACUUUAUACAGUGGUACCUCGGGUUACAUACGCUUCAGGUUACCUAUGCUUCAGGUUACACACUCCGCUAACCCAGAAAUAUUGCUUCAGGUUAAGAACUUUGCUUCAGGUUAAGAACAGAAAUCGGGUUCCGGCGGCGUGGCAGCAGCAGGAGGCCCCAUUAGCUAAAGUGGUGCUUCAGGUUAAGAACAGUUUCAGGUUAAGAACGGACCUCCGGAACGAAUUAAGUAUUUAACCUGAGGUACCACUGUACUGCAAAUGAAGCAUACAGACAAUCUGAUCCUCCCUUUCUUCCCUGGAAAUGAGAUUAAGAACGCAAUUCCUCAAAGAGUUAAAUGAAGAUUCACAGUGCAGUCCUACUCAGAAGUUGAAUCCCGUAGGACUUACUCCUAGAUGGGUGUACAGCCUAAAUAUGGAAAGGUCCUCUAAUAAGCAAGGACUCUCUCAUUAGUGAGCUAACUGGUUACAGGUGCUCCAAUGACCAGGUGUGGGGGAACUUCGGCUCGCUGGAUGUUACAGAACUACAACUCCCAUCAGCCCCAUAAAACAUGCUCAGUGGUCAGGGAUGAUGGGAGUUGUAGUUCGUCAAACAUCUAAAGGGCCAAAGGUUCCCCUUACCUUCAGAAUACUAUAAAAUCCAGGCAGGCUUCAUGUUAAGGAUGCUGGGAAUUGUAGCUCCAUAAGGGACAAGCUACAGUUCCCAGGAUUCUUUACAGAAAGUAAUGUGCUUUAAAUGUGUGGGUGUGAUCUUUGUCUGGAUUCCAGUAUUUCUUGGUGGUGUUUAACUGUAAGUAAACUACUGGAUUAAGAAAGUAGUGUGGUUAUUUAUAGUGAUCAAAUUUAGUACAUGGCUGUUUAGAAUAGUGGCUCUUUCUCUGGGGUAGACACUCCUCAUCAGAAGGUAUUUGUUAUACUGUGAUCCUAGGUAUCUUUACUUAGAAGUAAAUUAUGCUGAGUUCAGUGGGACUUACUGUCAGAUAAGUGCACAGGGUUGUCAUCUUAAGUUUAUAAACUUAUCUUAUCGACUGGUGUGCAGUUACCUAAGAGUAAGCCCUAGUGCUUAUUUCUAAAAGUACACAUAUAUAGGAUUGGGUGGCUGUGUAACUUCAACUAAAUUCCUGUUUAAAAAAAUAAUAUGCAACACUUGUGUUUAGUUUGGCUUAUUGGUCAAACUCUUGAAUUGUUUUCACCUUUUUUAGGUGGACUUUUAAAAAUUUAUGUUGAAAUUAUGGUGUAAACUUAUGCUACUUAUGAAAUAUUUGUACAGUGUCCUCAUCAAAAGACUUGUCCCUUAAAAUAUGUUGGGUGUUGAUAGUUUGGAAGGCAUUUGUGCUCUGUAAGUUUUGCAACAAAGUGGAUUUGGACUUUAUAAUGAGUAAGACCUCUUUGUUUUGCCCACAACCACCAUUUUUGUUGCUCUUGAACUAUUUUAAAUCAGAAAUGAACCCCAACCUGCUGUUAUUGCCCUCUAGGGAGAAGUAAGGAUGGCAACUGAGGGACCUCUUGAGGAGCUUAUUGAUGCAAUUACUUGUCCCAUCUGCCUGGGAUAUUUCAAAGAUCCUGUGAUGUUGGAGUGCGGGCAUAAUUUCUGCAAAGCCUGCAUUGUCCAGUCCUGGCCUGAAUCUGAGGAAGCCUCUGCUUGCCCCGAGUGCAGGAGACUCUUUCAGCCAAUGGACAGCAGACCAAACUGGCAACUGGCAAAAGUGGUCCAGCUUGUCAAGCUGUGGGUGGAGAGAUGCACAGAAAGGAGAAGAGAGUUGUGUAAAAGGCAUCGGAAGCCCCUGAAGUUCUUUUGUAAGGAUGAUGAAGCCCCACUUUGUAUGGUGUGUAAACGGACCAAGGCGCACAGCGGCCAUAAGGUAGCCCUGUUGGAGGAGGUUGCCCGAGAGCUCAAGGUAAGCAAGGCAAGCAUUGUAAUCUGCCUUAUACUGAGGCUGUUUGGGGGAAAGGCCAUGGCUUAGUGGUAGAGCAUCUGCUCUGCAGGCAGAAGGUCUGAGGUUCAGUCUCCAGGUAGAACUCAGUCUGUAUCCCUAGAGAGCUGCUGCCAGUCAGUGUAGACAAUACUGAGCUAGAUGGACCAAUGGCCUGACUCCUUAUAAGGCAGUGUCCUGUGUCUAUGUGGCUCAGAACUCUACACUGGCUGGCAGCAGCUCUCCAGGGUUUCAGAUAGAGAACAUUCCCAGCCCUACCUGCAGACGCCUGUAACUGAACCAAGGACUUUCUGCAUGCAAAACAGAUGCUCCACCCCUGAGCUCUGACCUUCAUUGGUGGGAUUUGCUGCCACCCAAUAAUAAUAAUAAUAAUAAUAAUAAUAAUAAUAAAUGUUAUUUAUAUCCCGCCCUCCCCAGCCGAAGCUGGGCUCAGGGCGGCUAACAACAAUAAAAUACUACAACAUUCUAAAAUCAUUUCAUUAUAAAAUUAAUCCAACUCAAAUUGAUGGCAACCAUUAGGCUAAAGUUCUGUAAAGAUUGCCAAAGGAGGGAGUCAGGCUGUGCCCUGACCAAAGGCCUGGUGGAACAGCUCUGUCUUGCAGGCCCUGCGGAAAGAUGUCAAGUCCCGCAGGGCCCUAGUCUCUUGUGACAGAGCGUUCCACCAGAUUGGAGCCACAGCGGAAAAAGCCCUGGCUCUAGUUGAGGCCAGCCUAACCUCUCUGAGGCCUGGGACCUUCAGGAUGUUUUUGUUUGAAGACCAUAAGUUCCUCUGUGGGACAUACCAGGAGAGGCGGUCCCGUAGGUACGAGGGUCCUAGGCCGUAUAGGGCUAUAAAGAUGUGGAGGUGGCCUCAGGUUGUUUUAACUUGGGGGUGGGGGAGGGGGUUGGACAAACAAAUCAAGUAAAGGGAAAAUCUCCCCGAUAAAGCAAAAAAAUCAUUAUUUGUUGUUGUUGUUGUUAUUGUUCAGGAGAAAACCAAAGCCCAGCUGAAGGCUAUGGAGGAAGAGAGGAAGAACCUUGAGGGCUGCAAAAUUACUCAAGAGCCGGGAAGAUCAGAAUGGCUGGUAAAUUUUUAAAUUUAUAUAGCUUGCACAACCUUGGCGCUCCUCUCUCCUGUUUUCCAGCCCCAGGCAGCAACUGCACUGCAAUGCUCCACUUCCACUUGGGAAGAGAUAUUUAUUCCUCCCAAGACUUCCUUCCACUUGGUGCUCCCUGCUGUUCUGCUUCCCCUUUGCUGCUGAAGCAGACGGAAAACAGUUAUGAAAACCCCACUGCUAUGUGGUCUUAACUUUGUAAGUUAAACUUGCCCUGUUCGGUAUUAAGUGGUUGAAACAAAUGACCCCACUCCAGAAAAUCUGUGGUGAGAAAAGUUACAGGAUUUUAGCAGGGAGCUGCAGGAUGUGCACUGAUUGUAAACGAAGCUGUGUCAGCUCUGAAACUCUGCAGGCGCAAACGGUAUUCAUAGUAAUCACCCUGACACCCACAAUCAUGAAUUCAUGAUAUAAAGGCUUUAUGGAGGGGCCCUAAGCUAAUUGCUGCCCUUCUCCUGAUAAGAGGCUUGGAGGGAAAACAAAGGAGUAAGGUAAUUUUCUGGCACUGAUCAAGGAAGUGUCUGGGAAGAGGAAACCACACUGCAGGUCUCUGGAGACUAGGUGAUGCACAUACCCCACCAAGCAUAGUCCAUCUGGCCACUCCUACUAGUGAAUGCAGACAGAAAUGAAGCAACCCGUGGACAUUGCAAAAUGAAAGGGAAGCACUGGUGUGCUGUGAGGACCCCUGAGUUGCUGGAUCUUCCAUUUGCACAGGGAGAUGGCACUAUCAAUAGAUCUUGUCCUGUCCAGCUCUGGGAUUAUGUCUCUUUUACUGGAGCUGUGGGAGUUAAAUAUAUACUGUGGUACCUUGGUUCUCAGACUUAAUCCGUCCCGGAAGUCUGUUCCAAAACCAAAGCGUUCCAAAACCAAGGCCCGCUUUCCCAUAGAAAGUAAUGCAAAACAGAUUAAUCCGUUCCAGACUUUUAAAAACAACCCCUAAAACAGCAAUUUAACAUGAAUUUUACUAUCUACUGAGAUCAUUGAUCCAUAAAAUGAAAGCAAUAAUCAAUGUACUGUACUAUAAAAUAAAUAAGACAGUAUUGUAGAUUAUAAUUAUUAUUUUUCUUAUGUUGUGAGAAAAAAACUGCUCCUUUUCCCUUAUGGGGUACCCAAGAGCCCAUAUAUGUAGGUUCCUUAUGUAGGUGUUCUAUUGGUAGGAGAAAAAAAACAGAGGCCAGCCAGAGAAUAUUGAGAAGCAAAGCAGCUAGCAAGCCUGAUCUUUAUUAAACUGAUGCAACAGGGCGCUCUCCCACCCACCCCCGCAGGAGGGAGGAAGAACCCAGAACAAAGGUGUGCAAGCCCUUAUAUAGACUUUGGAAACUGCCACCCUGUAGCUCAAGACCACCCCCCAAUACAUCAUACAUACAUCACAGAAGGGGCGGUCUACAGCAGAAUCCUGUCUGGCAGGAAACCUGUUAAUGGGUUUACCUGGAGAGCCUGGCCAUUAUUUUGUGAUUUUUUGUUUGUUUGUUUAGUCGUGUCCGACUCUUCGUGACCCCAUGGACCAGAGCACGCCAGGCACUUCUGUCUUCCACUGCCUCCUGCAGUUUGGUCAGACUCAUAUUUGUAGCUUCGAGAACACUGUCCAACCAUCUCAUCCUCUGUCGUCCCCUUCUUCUUGUGCCCUCCAUCUUUCCCAACAUCAGGGUCUUUUCCAGGGAGUCUUCUCUUCUCAUGAAGAGCCUCAGCUUCCAGUGAGCACUCAGGGCUGAUUUCCUUAAGAAUGGAUGCGUUUGAUCUUCUUGCAGUCCAUGGAACUCUCAAGAGUCUCCUCCAGCACCAUAAUUCAAAAGCAUCAAUUCUUCGGCGAUCAGCUUUCUUGAUGGUCCAACUCUCACUUAGUACAUCACUACUCUCACCCAGUACAUCACUACUGGGAAAACCAUGGCUUUAACUAUACGGAUAGUUUUGUGAUGAUAAAUACUUAAUUCCUCAGUCCAGGUCACAGGCUCGCCCUAUUCAUAUACAGAUAUGCCCUUAAGACAGGAUUUGUGAUCAAAGAGACAAUGGGGAGGCUUUCCCAUUUCCUUCCUCCUUGCAGAUAAACAUUUGAGGUCAAUUUGGGGGAGUCAAAAUGGUUUUGGGAUUGCUCUCCUGUACUAUUUCAGACACAUAGUUUAUAUACUUAUGUAUGUGUCUGCCUUGUCAAUUUAUGAACAUAUAGGAAUUCUAUAUAUUCUCACAUAUAUAAAUCAUAACACUUACCUGCACUGAUGAUAGUCAUUGUUUGGAUGGGGGGCGUGCUUUUAUCCAUUUCCACAGUCAAUCAAUCAGUAGCUGAACUGGGUUCCACACAGUCACCAAAACAAAUUAACCGAAAAAGCCUCAAAAACAAAAACGCAAAAUAAAUAGCAAAAACAAAACCAUCAAACUUCAUCCAUUCCGGAAGUCUCUUUGACUUCCGAAAUGUUUGAAAACCAAGGUGGAGCUUCUGAUUGGUGCAGGUGGCCCGGAAACAAUAGCUGACAGCCUCCUCGGAUGUUCGGCUUCCAAAAAACAUUUGAAAACCGGAACACUUACAUCCGGGUUUUCGGCGUUUGGGAACCAAGGCAUUUGAGUAGCAAGGUGUUUGAGAACCAAGGUACUACUGUUUAUCUUAAUAAGUAGCCACUACAUUCUCUUUGUCCUUGACUUGCCUCUACUAACUUGAAGGGAGUAUUUUCUGCUCUCUGCGAGGCUUCCUGACCAAAUCCAUGUGAAGUUUGAAGAGAGAAUGUUUUGUGAAUCUGCAUCCCCUGAUCUCAUCCAGCCUUCUCCUUUUCUUUCUCUGCCCUGCAGAAAAUGUGACUGGACCCAGGCAUAGCGCCCUAUCCCCUGUCAAUCUGUCUGAGGACCCUAAGGGUGUGAGACGCAAGGCGUAAAAGAUUUGGAACCUGCCUGUCCACCCUCUGAUGUUGCCCAAAACACAAAGGAAUCCAACUCUCACGAGCAUCACUCUGAAGACAGAGGGACCACCAGGUUGUGAGUCCUCGGAAACAUUAGCCCCAUCCCAUAAUUCAAUGUGCAUGUUCAGUCAUGGGUGGGGAGAUGGCAGGCUCCACCUCCCCACCUGUAAACUUGCAUUUGAACUCCCAUGUAAAAUUCCAACGUAGACGGAUCUGUUAAGGAAUUCAAAUGCACAUACUGAGUUACUAACCCUAUGCUUCUGUUGAGGAAGCCUUAAUACUUACGUUUACCUAAUACUUACGUUUACCUAGUUGAUUCUAGGUUCUUAAAUGCCUUCUAAACUAACACUUUUGCCCAGGGAGAAGACUGUUUUUUUCUGGACUUUUAGAGGAUUUUUUAUAACUUUAAUUUUAGCCUUGCUUUGUGAGGUUUGGAUUGAUCCCUAAAAUAAACUGUUGGGAACAAUUCUUUAACAUACCUCAGGCAGGGAGUAAAUAUACACCUUAGUGACCAGAGUCCUUUACUUACAAUGGUUCCUUGAGCGAACUGAUAAGUGUUAUAAUGCCAUCUCAUCCAUCUUGCAUAUUUAUGUGCUCAUCAGAUAUUCUGAUCAAGUGGCAUCUCUUUGCUGAGGUUUGUUCCUAAAUAUUUUUGGGGUGGGGGUUGGUUACAUAUGAGCACUGAAAAAAUAAAAAUAAAGCUUUUAACAAACUAAGCAGAAAUGUAUCAAAUUGCUGCGUAUCAACGAAAAUUCUUCCAUGAUCACUCUGAUGGCUCUUGCAAGAAGAUUUAUCUCCAGCGCUCAGUCGUCUAGAGAUGCUUGAGAGCCAGAUGAUGUUUGAGGGAGUUUUUUCCUCCAGGGGCAUAGACCUGAUUGCAAGCAGAAGGAGAGGCCCACUUCAGGUGGGAGGAGGGAGAAACACUUGGGCAAAACUCUGUGGAUUAAACAAGCAAGGAGGCCAGGGUCUUAGCGUGGGAAUGUUCAGGGAGGCAGGAGAGGAUAUAUUGUUUAAUGAUAUCCUUCCUAACUUGUGUUAGCAAGUUCUGUAUCUUAGCAGAGUAACAUUCCCCUUUAAACGCACAGCGGUUUGCUUGUUGCAGGCUUGUCUGAGCCUCUCAAUACCUCAGGUUACAUACGCUUCAGGUUACAUAUGCUUCAGGUUACAGACUCUGCUAACUCAGAAAUAGUACCUUGGGUUAAGAACUUUGCUUCAGGGUGAGAACAGAAAUCGUGCUCCGGUGGCGCGGCGGCAGCAGGAGGCCCCAUUAACUAAAGUGAUGCUUCAGGUUAAGAACAGUUUCAGGUUAAGAACGGACCUUCGGAACGAAUUAAGUACUUAACCUGAGGUACCACUGUUUAAGAUUCCUGGUAAGGCCCC